AUGGAUUUCGACAUCAUAUGCAGUACAUUUGUCUAUCCUAGCAUUGAAAAGGUCGCUGCCAGUGCUUCCAAAUCCUCAAAGUCGUCCCUGACUCAGGCCGAGAAAUUGCGACAAUUCCAAGCGAACGUACGUGUGGUCGGAAACAAAAAAAACAACUGCAGGACACAAGCCCUCUCAAAACCGACACCGCCCGUAUUAGGAACCAAAGAUGAAGGCGAAGACAAGGAUAAGGAUAAAGACAAAGACGAAGACGAAGACGACGAGUCCAAGGACACCUCCCAUCAGGACCGCCGUCAGAGUGUCAUCCUCAAUCUAACCUCUUCUGGUGGUGCCCCGUCUCAAAUGUCCACUCAUGUUGCAUCGCAUGUAUCUCCUCGUGCCCUGUCGCAUGCGUCGACUCGUCUCCCAUCGCGUGUUUCUCGCAAGGGACACAACAGCCGUGCGUCGGCACCACAGCGCCGGCCGCCAUCAGAGCUCGAUAUCGAGCAUAGUCUACCUACGGUCUCCGUAGACAAAUCCACGGUGAAGAAGAAGCAGUCCAAGGCAGUACAUCGCCAGACGCGUCAGGAUAUAAUUGAUCUCGGGAACGAUCCGGGUCACGAUAUCGAGGAGUUCUACGCGACCAAGAAUGAAAUGCGACGUAGUGCUAGAACCCAUACGAAGCGGCAUGUACAGCCUAGAUAA